AUGCCUCAAGAGCUUGGUUCUGCGGUUCGUGCUUUGGCUCGCAAUUUGGUCCAUAUUGCCGACAUUCUUGAUGACUUGAAGACCGGCAUCCCUGCAUUGGACGCUGCUGUGGGUGUUGACAGGAAGAAGAAGCGCAAAUCCAGAGAUCCCAAUAUGCCCAAGAACCCCAAGUCUGCCUAUAUUCUAUUCAGCAUGGCCAAGCGUGAGGAGGUCAAAAAGGAGACGGGUGGCGACGUCCGCGAAGUGAUGACCGAACUUGCUCGUAGAUGGCAAGCCCUUUCUGAUAAGCAAAAGCAGCCUUAUAUCGCUGAAGCCACCAAGGAAAAGAAGCGUCAUGAAAAGGCGAUGGAGGAGUACCGAUUAAAGAAGUCUCUUGAAGAGGCCGCAAAUGGUGACGUUUCUAAUGAUGCCGUGGACAAUGAAGAAGAAGAAGAGGGCGAAUCAUCUUCUGAAGAUCAAUCUACAUCAUCAUCGGAAUCUUCAGCUGAAGAAGCUCCUGCCAAGGUUGUGCGAAAGAAACCUCUUGUCAAAUUGGCCUCCAAGCCUUCCACUAAGCCUACCUCCAAGCCUGCCACUAAGCCUGCCACCAAGUCUGAACCCAAGACCGCCACCAAGCCUGAAAUUAAGCAUGCCGCCAAAAAGAAAAAGCAUAGCUCCAGCACUCACAAUGAUCAACCAAACAAGAAGGCCAGAAAGAACAAGCAAUAG